CGCGCGAGAGCAGUUGACAACUAGGAUGGUCGUUAUUCCCCGAAAGGAGGGGUGGGUGGACAGUGUUGUCGGAACCAGUAACAGUCAUGAAUAAGCGAAAAAGGUGUAGCACAGAUGAUGAAUCUCCAGCUUCUGCAGUGGAUGCUCUGUUUACACAAUCAAAGAGAUUUUCCAAAGCUGAGAUUCAGGAGUUGGUAAGGCAAGCGAUAUUAGCAACUGUGAAACAGUCAGACCAGAAGAUGGAUGAACUCAUAAGAAGAAUUCAAAAAAUGGAGAGCAUUUCUAACUAUGAAGGGAGGCUCCUUAAACUCCAAGCAAGCAUUAAGAAGAUAAAAAAGAGGGGACAAGCUGCUCUUAUCUACAUGCAAGAUCUGCGCCUGUCUGGGACACAGACUUCACCAGCAGGAUCUAUUCAGACCUUAAAUGGCACUCCAUCCUUGGAACCACUGGUUGUGGAAAGUUUUCCAACAUCACCCACCAAGGCUGUGCAGACUGGGUUUGUGGCAGAUAGGAGCAGAUCUACGGACAGCCCACCAUUGGUCACUUCUACCAGUCAGACUUUACCAACAAAUCAGCAGCAUGAAGUCCAACAAGAAAAUGAGAGUGAGAUUCUAUUUUGCGGGGUCCUGCUGCCGAAGAAGAGGAAUGUUGAUGGAUUUUGUGAGAAACGGCUUAAAAAGAAUCCUGUUGUUGAUCUCACCUCUGAAGGCAAUGCAGAAAGAGAUACACUGGGCAGAACAGGAUCACUUCUUGCUCAAAAUGAGGGAAUGGACCGGAUGCAGACUCCCGUGCCUUUGAGAAAUGUUUGUGAAACUGAGCAAAGCGGUGUGCUGGUUUCUAUGAACGCUAACAGCCAGGUGGCUGCCCAAGGGAAGGAGGUUUCGGCUCCACACCGUGUCGGGUCAGGGUAUGCUCCUGCUCAAAGUGCUAAGGACGACUGGAAUUGUAAAGUACCACCCCUUCCCACCCCUCUAUUUCCGGCCAAGCUACCUGCAGUGGCAGCAACAAAAAACCUACCCCAGCAGCUGGAGCUAAAAGUGGCCCAAAUCAUGAACCCCAAAGGAAUAGGUUUGCUGUGGACUGUGGACAAAGUAGACCCCAACACAGCCCCUCUGGACAGCUACCACCUUUAUAUUUCCCAAGACAACGGCCUUUCCUCCUUCUCCGAGUGGAAGAACCUGGGGGUGUUGAAGGCCUUGCCUCUCCCUAUGGCCUGCAGGCUUUCCAACUGCACCCCUGGCCAGCGUUGCUGUUUCUCCAUUGUGGCCAGGGACAUCUAUGGACGUUUUGGCCCUUACAGCAAAGUCAAGUCAGUCACUCCCAAUUUGUGAAGGUUCUAGUCCUUCAGGUCUGUAUGCUACCUUUCUGAAGUCCUCCAUGCUGAUAUGGUCUUUACAUCUUUCACUACCUUUUAUAGUUCUUAAUGCAGGUUGUCAGAGUUCUUGAGUGGAAAGGCUUAAUACAGCAGUGGUACAUUUCUUUUGAUUGUCACUCAGACUGUCCUCCAUUAGGAUGAUGUUCAUAAUGUUACAAAUGUUAAUGGUUUUCAAUACAUUAGUCUAAUUUUGUUGUUUGUUGAACUAUAGCAAUGAAUGGAAGGCAAUAUUUACAGUGGCAUACUGCAGUAAAGUGGUCUCAGCUGGCAUUGCUUUGGGAAUUUAGCGGGUGGGGAAAGUGUCAGGAUUUGUAAAGUUGUCUCCAGUCUGUGCUGCUUCUCAUGAAGGAUCUCUGGGUGCUAACACAUGUCAGGUGUCCUAUAGCCCAAGUAAACCCUGCUGGCUAAGAUGACAACUCCAACACUGAGAGGGGAGUCCUUGGGCAAUUUUUAUUUUGUAUGAAUAUUUAAUUGUAUUCACAAACAUGAUGUACCCAUGGCAGCAGGCCAUGCCCACUGCAACCACAGUCAAGGUUGGUCUGCUGGCAUCAGCCUACAACCACAUUAGAAGAGCUGCCUUUGUGACUUCAUCCCAACAUUCAACCACAGAAAUCCUUCCACUUUUAACACAAAACCAUUUAAUUGGUGCACAAUAUAAUGUGAUUCAAGCUUUCUCAAAUAAUAGAAAAAUAAGAGAAAAACAAUACACAAGUCUAUAAAAUAAAUACAGCUAGGUUUUUUCUCUCUCCUGUGGAAACUAGAACAUAAACCUAAAGAAACUAUGUAGGUAUUUUUCAAAUCAAUUAUAACAAAUUUUGCAACAAUAACUUUGCUUUUUUGAAUGUAAUACAAACCCCAGCAAGAAUGUAAAGGGAAUGAGUAAAUAGAAAAUAGCUAUACUGUAGACAUAUUCCACUUCAUAUCCUGCUGUGGUGGGUCUUCAAAUUAAUGCUGCAGGUAAAACAAAACAUGCAAUACAAAUUGAAAGUACUUUAAAGGACUAAUCUACAAAUACAUUAUCCUUAAAUUCUGAGAAUACCAAAAAAAAAAAGUUACAUAACUUUUCAAGUAAAAUCUACUCUGAACAUGUUCUAGUUAUAAAAACCAGUUUUGCAUGUUUUUUUUUUAUGAUUAGGACACUGCUACUUCUGAACAAUAUUCUGUAAAAAGCCUGAUGUCUAGAUGUUUAGUGAUAUGUCAAAUUGGAUGACUAAUAUUAAAGCAUGAGUAUGGUUAAAAGAUGAAUUCCCAAACUGGAACUCGGGUGUAAUUUUUUUCUUUUCUUCAUUUUACAACAAGUUAGUGGUUUUAAACAUUAAAUGUUC